AUGACUAAUGAAGAAAACAACCAAAGACCGAGGUUUAUGGAAGCCGUCUCAAACUUUCUCAGACAACAGAUGGCUCUAAGAAGCAACACGUCUGAUGUUGGAGGGACAUCUGGUCCUCUGAAUGGUAAUUCAUGGAACUCAUUCCUGGUUUUCAGUGGAGAUAUGCCCGUCAGCAUGCCUGGCAGUGGUGGGCUUGUAGAGAUCCUUAAUGAAACUCUAGGAUUUAGACGAGAAAACGGGGGCGAUUACUUUAUUGGACCGGGAGUUGAAGAAUUCUUUGAACACGCUACCCGUAAUGGUUUGCGUGUCUCUCUCCCAGCUUCAAGAACCUUGAUUGAUGCCUUACCAACAAUCAAGAUUUCAAAGAAGCAUGUUCGUGUUGACUUAACCUGUGCCAUUUGUCAAGAAAGAUUCGAGCUGGGUUCUCAAGUAAGAAAGCUUCCAUGCAAACAUUUAUAUCACUCAGAUUGUAUUGUGUCAUGGCUAGAACAACGCAGUUCAUGUCCUGUCUGCCGCCAACAGCUAACUAGUCAGCAAAUGACCAGUGGCUCCGAUAAUCAGAACUCAAGAGAACCAAGUAGAGGUAGGAGUAGCAGCAGGAGAGUGGGUAGUCGAGAGGAUAGAACUGCAAAUCAGGGAGCGAAGAGGCGGUGGUCAUUCAUGUGGCCCUUUGGUUCGUCCCGAUCCAAUCCUAACCGUCAUGAGACUAUUGAAGCUCGUACAGAUCCCUACCAGCAAAAUGGCCACCAGUCAGAGUAUUCCCACUGGCCUUUCGAAUAG